AUGGAUCAGCCAGACGGAGACGCCGCAGCAGGCGCUCCUGAUGCCACCGCGGCCGCCGCCGCCUGGGCAGCCCCGCCGCCGCCUGCCCUGGCCCUGCAGGUGCAUGGGCGGCAGCUGACGGUCCGGGCAGGCCCCCAAGCGGCCUCCCCGCUGCUCAGCGGCCUGCCAGACACCGGCCUGACCGUUCGCCAGGAGGAGUCUGGCACGCUGGUGCUGGGUUUGGCCAGCGGGUCCCUGGGACGCCCCACAGCAAUGGCUGACGUUGCACUGGGCCAGCUGCGCUGCCGCCGCUUCCUGGCGCUGCCCAAGACCUCCCUCUACUGGAUGUCUCCCCGCUGGGGCUGCACCGCCUCUCAAGUGCCGGUGCGGGGGCUGGGCAGGCUGCAGGUGGAGACUCAGUUCCUGCUUCUGGAGCUGGACAGCAGCGCUGCCGCCGCCGCCGCCGCUGGGGAGGAGGGCACGCCCGCCGCUCCUGACCCCGCCGCCGCUGCUGCGGCUGCGCCCCGGGCCGGCGCCGCCUGCUACGCGCUCCUGCUGCCGCUCAUCGACGGCGGCCGGUUCCGCGGCACGCUGCGGCCGCCCAGGUCCCGGGCGCAGGGGGACUCCCUGGUUCUCCGCAUGGAGAGCGGCUCGCCCAUGGUGGCAGCCGCCGCAUGGCCCUCGGCGCUGCUGGCGGCCGCGGGCAGCGACCCGUUUGAGCUGGUGCAGCGUGGUGUGCGAGUGGCGGCGCGCCUGUCCGGCACGGCGCGGCCCAGGGCUGACAAGGCUGUGCCGCCGGCUGCGGACGUGUUUGGGUGGUGCACCUGGGACGCCUUCUACUCCAUGGUCAGUGCAGCCGGCAUCGCUGAAGGCCUCAACAAUUGCCCUUCCAACGUCCACGCCGCGCAGGCUGGCGGCGUGCCCGCUCAGCUUCUCAUCAUCGACGACGGCUGGCAGCGCACCGACGUGGACCUUCCGUACCGCGCCUUGGCUGCCCAGCGCCACCUGGUGGGCCAGGUCAGCAUACCGCACACCCAGAGCGAGGUGGAGCUGGAGGAUGCUGUGGUGGAUCUGGUCAUCGGCCCCGCAGAUGAGCGGGAGACCAACACGAGGCACUCUGUGAACCAGGAGGAAGACGAGAUUCUGAGCUUCACCCCUCGGGCCCUGACGCCGCGCCAGGCCGCCGCCGCCGCCAACCCCUUCGCCCACACCCCGUCCCGCUCCGCGGCGCUACUGUCGCCCCGCCCGCUCAAGCUGUCGCCGCUGCUGGGGCCGCGGCACGCACCUGCCAGCUCCCAGGAGCAGCUGGAGCCUUGGGAGAGCCUGCCUGCUGCCCUGCCGGGUGGCUCUGCGAUGGGCGGCAACGCAGCUGAGGCGUCAAACAGCCGCGGCAGCGAGGGCACCACAUUCAGCCCCGUGCGGGCCCCAAAGGGCCUGCCGCCCAUCGCCGCCGUGCGCCCGCCGCCGCUGGACCUGGCGGGAGGCGUCCCGGUAGCGGGGCCGGUGGUUGGAGAGCCGUGCGCCCUGGAGCCGGCAGCGGCCGAGCCUGAAGACAGGGAGGGGGAUGAGGCGGUGGCGGCGCCGCUGCAGGCCGGGACCCUCUUCAGCAGCUCCCUGCGGGACCGCUUCUGCCGCACCGAAGCCGCCGUGCUGCGCAUGCUCAAGGCCUGGCUGGAUCGGGCGCCUUCGGACAGCUGGCGCUUCCGCACCUUCACCGCCGCCGCCACCUGCAUGCUACGCCCCACGCUGCUGCGCUUCUACGCCUGCUCCACCGAGCACACACGGCGCCUGGCCUCUGUCCAGGCCAACGCCAAGUUCUGCUCCGCAGCGGCGGGGCCCGACAGCGGGGACCUCAACAGUGGCUGCGCGUCGAGCGACGGCCUGGCGCGGGUGGUGGCCCACCUGAAGCAGCGGUACGGCCUGCGGUACGUGUACAUGUGGCACGCGCUGGCUGGCUUCUGGGCGGGGGUCAUGCCGGACGGGGAGAUGGGCAAGUACGGAGCCAAGGUGGUGCAUCCGCGGCCCACCCCCGGCACGCUGGAAAUCGACCCCAGCUAUGCGUGGGUGCAGAGCACGCUGGGUGGGGUGGGCCUGGCGCGCAGCCCGCGCCACCUGCACGCAGACAUGCACGCCUACCUUAGGAGCUGCGGCGCGGAUGGCAUCAAGGUGGACGGCAGGGGCUGGUGGGGCACGCGGGUGAGCACCGCCACCGAGCUGGGAGGGCCCGCCCUGGCAGCCGCCUAUCAUGCCAGCCUGGAGGACUCCGCCGCCGCUGCCUUUGGCAGCGCUGUCAUCAACUGCAUGUGCGGCAGCACGGAGAACCUGUACAACAUGCGGGACACCAACCUGGGGAGAAUCAGCGACGACUUCUACGUGAGCUGGCAGCUUGCGGGCAGCUGCCGAGCACCCGCGGCUGGCAAGACCCGCCUGCUACUUGACAUGUUUCACAGCCGGCACGACGCCGCACUGCUGCACGCCACCGCCCGCGCCAUCAGCGGCGGCCCCAUCUACAUCUCCGACAAGCCAGGCCAGCACGACUUUGCCCUGCUGCGCCGCCUGGUGCUGCCAGAUGGAACAGUGCCGCGGUGCCUGCUGCCGGGGCGCCCCACCCCUGACUGCCUGUUCUGCGACGUGAACAAGGACGGGGCCACAGCUCUUAAAGUGUGGAACCUGAAUCCCUGCGGCGGCGUGGUGGCGGCCUUCAACGGCGCCUCCUGGAGCGCCCCCCGCCGCGGCUUCCACUUCCACGACUCCCAGCCCCCAGCCGUGACGGCCCACAUCAAGCCGGCCGACGUGCAGGGGCUGGCGGCGGGCCCCACCCCCGUCUCUGGUGGCUCUGGCGGCUCUAGCAGCGCCAGCUUUGCGGUUUGGGUGGACGGCCGGCAGGAGCUGAUGGUGCUUUCCUCCUACCAGGCCGUGGCAGUUGAGCUGGCCCCUGGCGGCGGCAGCGACAUCCUCACCAUCUCUGCCAUCCGGGAGAGCGCUGGCACGAGCGGGGCAGGAGCUGGCGAUGCCUCCGCUGCGUGCGACGGCGAGGAGGACGCCGCGGGGCUGCCACGACCCAUCCGGGUUGCUCCAAUCGGCCUCAUCAAUCUGCUGAAUGCCGGCUGCGGGGUAACAAGGUGCGGGUGGGAGGAUGCGCCUUUGGAGGCCCCAGCAGACGACAGCGGCGGUGGCAGCUCUGCAGCUGUCCCUGCCACCGAGCGCCGCUUCCGGCUGACCACGCGCGGCGCCGGCACGGUGCUGGCUUACAGCAGCGCUCGGCCCGCGGCCGUGGAGGCGGCCGGCGGCAGCGUGCGCUUUUCCUAUGCACCAUCCCGCGGCACUCUGCGCUUUGACACGCCGCCCGGCAUGCCGCUGGUCAUUGACUGGGCUGUGGUGUUUGGCGGCUGA